AUCAUCUCCUAAAGAUGCAUCCUGACUUAUCUCCACACUUGCACACUGAGGAAUGCAACAUGUUGAUUAACUUGCUUAAGGAAUGUCACAAAAAUCACAACAUUCUGAAAUUUUUUGGUCAUUGUAACGAUUUUGAUCAGGAGGUGACAAAAUGCAUGAAGAAGGAGUACAUAGAAAAGAGGAACAAGAGCAGGGAACAUGGCAUUGCAAUGCGAAAGAGACUUAUUAAUCUUCCAGAGGAAUCCAAAAAAUAAAUUGUAUUUUCACUGGAUGCCUUGGCUGAGAGAAGACCUAAAGACUCCGGGUUGAUACAUGAAAUGGUCCUGUCUUAUUUGGUCUCCAGAAUCCUUUGAAUGGAAAGUGACCUGUGGGAAAUUGAACCAUGGAGAAAUAUGAAAACCCUGAAUUCUGAAUAUUUGUUGGGCAGAGUGUUUAGUACCAUCUCCCCUUUACCAACAAACCUGACUUCACCAUGUUUCUUCCCUUUGCCUACAGCCGGUUAAUAUCUGAGUAACUAAUCUCUGUCAAUAAAAUAAUUUA